AUGGGGCGGAGCAAGGAGCUGCGACGGGUGAGGCUCGAGUCGAGGGGCCUGGAUGCGGGGCCGGUCUGCGCGGUGUUUUCCGCGCUGGAGCGAAGCACGCUGGAGGUGUUUGACUGCACAUGGAGCUUGGAUGACUGGGCUGGAGAAGGAACCUGCUCGGCUCUAACAGAGUCGGUGGCGUCGGCGCUGCGCAACAACCGGACGCUGCGUGAGCUCGCCCUGGACUUCGACUCUGAGGACCCCGACGAUCUCUUCCUGGACGUGCCGAAGGGGCUGCGACUGGAGGACAGCUACUUGCGCGUCUUGCGGCUGGAGUCGUGGGGCGUUGGCGACGAGGGCGUGCGGGAGGUGAUGCGCUCGUUACGCCGCAUGCAUCGGGUCGUGAAGCUGCACACGCUGGAGAUCUCGAACAGCGAGAUGACCGACGAAGGAGCCAAGCACGUCGCGGCGGCGCUGAAGGACGACACGUGCACGCUGCGUGCGCUCAGCCUGACAAACACGAACGGCAACGAAGGCUGCUUCGGCGACGAGGGCGCAGCGGCCAUCGCGGACGCGCUGCGACACAACCGCUCGCUCGUGUCGCUUGACCUGUCGAACAACAACCUGACGGACCGUGGGCAGGAGAGCCUGGCGGCGGCGCUUGCGGACAACACCACGCUGCGGAACCUGGACGUGUGGAGCUGUGACGGGGGGUCGGUGCGGGCGAGGGACGUGCUCUACGCGCAGCGGUAUGCCAUUGGCAUGCGACAGAUGUGUGCGCGUAGCACGUUCCGUAUCUGA